GCCAUACAAAUCCCAACGGUGCGAGAGCGGGAAAUGUUGAACCGCAACGGUGCACAACAUAUUUUUCCCGCGUGAUGUAUUCUACACAUCUCGCCGCGUAAAUCUGGGAACGGGCUCUGUCCCAGUCGCCCGCCACCGAGUAAUUGCAAGAUUUUAAGGGGUUUUGUGGCUCUGUGUUCGUCGUUUCAUUUCCAAGCGCAGGAUAUAAAAAGGACACAGUAUUCUCACCUCCGUUGUCCUUUCUGCGAAUACACCAGCUUCUCAACUACACAACAACAACCAAAUAAUCAAUUAACAAUGUCCGGUAGAGGUAAAGGUGGAAAAGGAUUGGGAAAAGGUGGUGCUAAGCGUCACAGAAAGAUUCUCCGUGAUAACAUCCAAGGUAUCACCAAGCCAGCCAUCAGAAGAUUGGCCAGAAGAGGUGGUGUCAAGCGUAUCUCUGCUUUGAUCUACGAAGAAGUCAGAGGUGUUCUCAAGUCCUUCUUGGAGAACGUUAUCAGAGACGCUGUCACUUACACUGAGCACGCAAAGAGAAAAACCGUCACUUCUUUGGAUGUCGUCUACGCUUUGAAGAGACAAGGUAGAACCUUGUACGGUUUCGGUAACUGAUGAACUUUUAUUUUUCAUUAAUGUUGUAUAUUUCUCUUUAUCUGUUUUUCUUUAAGGGUGGUUCAUUUUAUAAUUUAAUUAGGGGU